AUGUGGAUACUAUUGUUGUUGUUACCUAUUUUAGUCUUGGGUCAAAGUCCUGAACCAGCUGUACCCGCUUCAGCUGCUCCGGCAGUCCCAGCUUCAGCUGCUCCGGCAGUCCCAGCUUCAGCGGUCCCAGCAGUACCAGCUUCAGCAGCCCCAGCAGUACCGGCUUAUGUCGCCCCAGUAGUACCAGCUUCAGCAGCUCCAGUAGUACCAGUUUCUGUAAUACCAGCAGUACCAGUGUCCGUCGUACCAGUAGUACCAUCUUCGUCAAUAACACCAAAAAUGGAAGAUCUGGUUGUAAAAGGUGCCCGUGAUGAUGAUAUUGUCACAACUACUACUACUGAGUCUUCUUAUACCGGUACAACCACAAAACCCGCACCAACUAUACCACCACGCAUCAGGAAAGUACUCAAUCAUUACCUGGUAAGUUGAUGACUUUAGCAUUAGCCUUGGUCCUAGCCCUAGCCUUAGCCUUAGUCCUAACUCUAGCCCUAGCCUUAUCCCUAGCCUCAGCGCUAGCCCCAGUCUUAGCUUUGACCUUACCUCUUACCAUAGCCCUAGCUUCAACCCUAGCCCUAGUCAUGGUCCUAGCCAUAGCCCAAGACUUGCCUCCAGAAUCUAGUUUCAGCCUUAGCCUUAAAAUCAGCCCUAGCCUCAGCCCGAGCCAUGCCCUAGCUGUAGCCUUAACUUGAGCCCUACCCCUUACCUAAUCUAUAACCCCAGCCUUAGUCUCAGCCAUAUACUUAGCCUCUAAUUUUUAGCUUAUCAUCUAAUGUUACUAUAAUAAAACAGCUUUAAAAGUAUGAUUUUAGUACACAGCCCAAGCAUUUCUGCCGUUGUCCGACGUUACAUCCUACUGCAUUCAUCAAGGAGCCAAGCCGAUGCAUAUCCCAAGUCAAGAGUAUAACGACAUAUUGACUGGUAAAUAAUUUUUAUUUUUAGAAAUUAAGGCGUGGCUCUAGUAGGCUAGGAUUGGGUAUAUGCAUAGACUCAUAUAUCUAUAAGCUAAGGCUAAUGAAAUAAAAAAUAUUUUUCCCCUUCCAGAAUACCUAUCUUCCCUACCACCAUUCAAACACUAUUCCCCUGGAUUAGCUGUCCUGAACGACGUUGCACUAGGCCUGGUCUAUGACGUCGACGCAAAAACAUUCAAAUGGCUGGACGAAGAAGUGCCUUUGAAUUACACAAACUUUUUGAAUGCAGACGAAGAAAAUGCAGCGGCCCUCCGGGCACAAGAUUCGUAUUACAUUAUGAAGUUGGAGGGCACUUCUGAUCAGCUUGGCAAAUGGGUACCGGUCACCGAGGACACGUAUGCUACCGUAUUUCUUUGCAGAAAACGGUGA